AUGGAAGCACAAGUCUCCCAAGAUAUCGUCAUCGUCGGCGCCGGAAUCUCUGGCCUUUCCACCGCCGUUGGGCUCCACAGGCUUGGGAUCAGGAGCAUGGUGCUGGAAUCUUCGGAUAUGCUGAGAGCCACAGGAUUCGCCUUUACGACUUGGUUCAAUGCUUGGAAGGCCAUGGAAGCUCUCGGCAUUUCUGAGCAUAUUCGCAGUCUCCAUGAUCGCCUUCAAGGAUGGGUGGUGGGAUCCAUCUCUGCAGGAAUUCCUUCUAAAGAGAUGCUCUUCCCAGAAUCCGAAGAAUACGAAUCUCGAUGCGUACAGAGGAAGCUGUUGUUGGAGGCUCUAGCUGAUGAGUUGCCUCAAGGGACCAUAAGGUUUUCGUCUAAGGUUGUUCAUAUCGAACUGUCUGGACACUACAAGAUGGUUCAUCUCUCCGACGGAACUAUUCUCAAAACCAAGGUUUUGGUAGGGUGUGAUGGAGUGAAAUCAGUGGUUGGGAAGUGGCUAGGAUUCAAGAAUCCGGCAAAAACUGCCCGGUUAGCAAUCCGAGGGCUCACACAUUUUGCAGCUGGCCACGGAUUUGGGAAAAAGUUCUUCCAGUUUUAUGGCAACGGUGUUCGUUCGGGUUUCAUCCCCUGUGACCACAACACUGUCUACUGGUUCCUAACCCACACCUCUACUGAAUUAGAUGAAAAUCCAGAAAACCUCAGAGAGUUUGUGCUGAACAAGGUCAAAGACUUACCUGAAAACAUUAAGAGUGUCGUGGAGACCACCGAUCUUGAUAGCGUUGUGAUGUCUCGACUGAAGUACCGGCCUCCGUGGGAACUCCUAUGGGCAAACAUCACGAAAGACAACGUAUGCGUUGCAGGGGAUGCACUUCACCCAAUGACUCCUGAUAUCGGGCAAGGAGGUUGCUCUGCCAUGGAGGAUGGAGUUAUCCUCGCUCGUUGUCUCGGUGAAGCUAUAAAAGCUAAGAAUCUUAAAGGUGAAACAGAAGAUGAAGAGGAGAUUUAUAGGCGGAUUGAAAAAGCUUUGAAGAAGUAUGCAGGAGAAAGGAAAUGGAGAAGCAUUGAUCUUAUAACUACGGCAUACACAGUAGGUUUCAUACAGCAGAGCACAGGGAAGUGGAUGAACCUGUUCAGAGACAAGUUCUUGUCGUCUUUCCUUUCUCGGCUGCUGCUGAAAAAGUCUCAUUUCGAUUGUGGAAGCCUUGCCCCAUGA